UCUCGCCUGGAGAAAGCUGACAUCUUGGAAAUGGCUGUCGCGCACUUGAAGAAAACGAGCAGACGUGAGAAUGCGGGCGGUAUUACCCAGCCUCCGGAUAGCAGCGACCAGUUCCGGGCAGGCUACGUGGACUGUACAGCAGAGAUCACACGCUUCCUCAGUACCACUAAGGACUCCGGGGGAGGACUGCGCGAGGCGUUGUUCCAGCACCUUGCCAAGUCCAUAGCGACGCUACCGAGAAAUCCCACGAGAAACAACGAGAACAUUAACUACAGGCUGGGAGAGCGUUUUCAACACGAAACGCCAAAUUAUGGACCCAUGAUGGUGGGCACUUCCCAAAAUGGUUGCAACCCCGUGGGCGUCAACUGUCCGUGCCUGUGUGCGCAUGCGCAGUUUCAAAAUGUUGGAACAUAUGCGUGUUUCGACAACCACAGCGCUAUCCCAAUGCAAGUGCAAAGACGAUCUUACCCAAUCCCCCGCCAUCAGUUUCCUCUUUUAUCAGGAAUCGCUUCUGACGGCUUGGAAAGUGGCAUUGAAUGUCACGUUAAAAGGGACGCCUCAAACGAGAACUUUAAUUUUCAUAACGAGGCUGUGUCUCCGAGAGGAAAUUGUAUUGGCAGAAACCACACAAGGCACUGGCGGCCAUGGUAAAAAUUGCGCGUGCGCAAGGCUUUUAUUGGUCGUUUGAAAUACACGUGCGGGGAAUUAUUAUGCGCGUUGGUUUUCGCACUGAUAUUCUUCUUCGUCACUCUUAAAUUGAGAGAGAGAGGAAUGAAAGACAUUUCUAAUCUGAAAAGUCUGUGUAGGCUAAUGUACAGGCGUAGAUCUAGGUCUUUUUUUUUUUUUUUU